GAGGAAGAACGUGUCAAAACCAUGAAUCUCAACACAUAAUGCUUGACGCCGAAUUAUGACCCGCCGUCCAUCAAUGCCUAAACUCCUUUUUUCCAGGAUCAGAAUCUACGAGUUCAAGGAUCUCAUUCGGGACAACAAACAACCAAAAGUACUGGAUGUUCUGUUGAGCAAAAAUAAGCAGAAAAACAACAUCAGGUGUGUUUUGAUUCAGAAAAGGACUGACACUGAUUAUCAACUACAGGAACAUUUAACGCUUGGGCUAAAGCUAUCUGAUCUGCUAAAAAAUCAAGACUACCUGGCUGCUUUUCGCUCAUUUCUUGAGACUGAGUAUAGUGCGGAGAAUGUAGAUUUUUGGCUGGCCUGCAGGGAAUAUAGUGAGAUCUCACCUGUCAGGCGCUUAUACAGAGCAGCAGAGAUCUAUGAAGAAUUUCUACAUCCUAUGGCGCAAAAGGAGGUCAACGUUGACCAUCACAUUCGCGAGAAGAUCAAGAGAUCCUUGGCGAAGCCUGACCUCACUUGUUUCGACGAAGCAGCGUCACACAUAUACAGACUAAUGGAGGAAGACUCCUGCCCAAGGUUCCACAAGUCUGAGGUGUACCAGAACCUGAGGAACACAGACAGGAACCCUAAAUAGACCUGCUGUCAAUGUCGAAUACACAGAAAAGUACCCGUAAGCGCCGCCGUACAGACAUAGAACAUAAGUGGGGAAGUGACUUAAAAAGAACUGAAAGUAUGUGGUGUUGAGUCACAAAUUCAUUGGGUCUGAGUGACAAGAUGAAUGAGACGAUAAAGAUUAGAAGAUAAACCCUGUCGCUGAUAACUUAGUCAUAGGAAAUGCCUUAGAAUGAUGAUAAAUUACAAAGUUUCUCUCUUGUUUGGCAUAGGCUAUUUUAUGAAGUGACUUUUAUUUCAAUAAGGUGAUUUUUAAAGGACAUUUCUGAACGAUGUGAUGCGUUUAGGUGUAAAAUUGUGUCACCUGAAUAAAAACAGACUGUAUACCCUCAGAAAAAUACACUAAUAGGGUUGACAGUUUUAUAAAUUUGACCUCCAAUCCUUGUUCUCAAAGUCAUUCAAUUACAAAGUUUUAUUUAAUAAAAGAAUUGAAUUCUAGUUCUACCAAUUCCAACUUUAUGGCCCAGUUUCACAAACAAGGCUUAGCUUAAGCAAGGACUGCGCCUUAGUUGGUGUGCAUCUUAAGACAAAACUAUGGCACUUACAUAUUUCAAGUUAGCCUAUUUCGGGGCAAGUUAUUUUCAUUUCAGACCGCUUGAACAAUCAUUUUAGUCUGGGACUACACUAAAGUCUUGUCUGUGAAACCAGGCAUUAAAGAGUCAACUGAAAGGUCUUCAUCCACUUCCUGGAAAGACUACUCUUAUAGUAAUGAGAAAAGUACUUUAAGAGGGAACUUGCUAAUAUACUGACUAUAAUGAUGAUAAUGAAAGGGUUGAAAAAAAAAGUUGGGGCUCUUUCUGAUGGAGAUGAUUCAAAUAGUACAUCAACUAUAUUUACGAUGCUGUAGGACAUUGAGUGCAUUUACACGCACAGUCUUACUCCGGUUAUGCUUAAUAUGCCGAUAACAUGUAAAGUCAUGUAAACGCGUAAUACAUUUUCUUUUAUCAGGAAAAGCUCAUAAACUGCGAAAGCAAACCUGCUUGGCAGAGGUAGUGUUUUGCCCAUUACUCCGAUUUUGCAUGUAAACGCCUUUACCGGUUUUCUCUCAGUUUUGUUUAUGUGCGCAUGUCUGACAGCGCAAUAGUAAAAGUCCCAAACGGAAGUAAUAGUCAGAUAACGCAUAAAACUCUGCUCUCGAAUCAUGCUCUAGAAAACGGCAAAACGAAAAACUAUUUUUGCAUAUGCUGGUUCUGAGGACAAUAAGAAGAGAUAUGAAAAUAUAGCUUCUGAUCGUUUUCCUGCUGCAGUUUUAAUUACUAAACAGACAAUCAGGCAAGUCUCAAACAUCCAUGUAAACGCGGGUUUCUGCCUAGCCAGUUCAAUAAUAUGGAAACAGGUUUCUUUUAUAUGCUGAUUUUUAUAUAUAUAUAUAUAUAUAUAUAUAUAUAUAUAUAUCCAUUUAUUCUGAGCAUGUAAACGCACUCAUUGACAAACACUGCGCAGUCUGUGAAUAAUUGUGUUUUGGUCACAUGUUUGACCUGAGCAAAUCGAUACUGAUUGAGAAAAAUAACAUAGCCAUAAAAUAUAAAAUACAUAACAUACAAAUGUCAUGUUUCUCUGAAUAACAGAGCUUUUACAGCCGGCUAACAAUAACUCCGUAAACUUGGUGUCUGUAUAAAAAGUGUUUUAUUUAGUGAUGCACUAUAAAUUAUCGACCAUAUCGGUAUCGCCGAUAAAUUGACAUUUUUAAUGUUAUCGGUAUCGGCCGAUUAUAAAAUUUAGGCCGAUAUAUUGUUGCUGAUAAAUCAUAAAUCAUUUCCUAUGGUUAAACUUCUUUAGUUAAGCGCCGCUCAUAGUUAAAAUACUUUACAGUACUGUCUUUCUGUCAGGAUCAUUCACUUACUGCUAUUAUCACAACAUUGUUGAUGUAUAUACAGUAUUUAUGAAUGUGUAAGAUAUAGGAACAAAAGUAUAUUGCUUGAAUCAGACUGCUGUCUGAAUGCUUUAUGUCUUGAGACCUGCUUUCGGCAGGGAAUGUUUUUAAAUAAAAGCAGCUGUCAAC